AUGGGCCUUGCUUGGCCAUGUUACUUUUUGUCUCGUUGCUUGGGGCUGCACAAGAUCGUCGAUGCGACCAAAACCGUCAUCACCAUUCUGGCCGACCAUGCUCCUGAAGCUGCGCUGGCCUUCACCGCUCCGACUUCUGAUACCAUUUAUUCCCAUCGUGUGGAUGUUCGCGUAAGCGGACAAGUGGCCAUCACGGCUCAAGUCCCAGGAUCGACCUACUUCUCGCUCAAUCGCAUCAUCUAUUCGGUAGCGCCUCAAAAUGGCGGAGAUAGUGUCAAUGGCAUGUUCCAGACAAUGUCCAUGGCCACAGGCGCAUCAUUCAUUGGCAACGGGUGGACGAUACCGCAAUGCCGCUUGUCAACGGCUAACGUCGUCGAGUGCCGAGGCCGCGUUCGCCGCAGCUCUCUUGGCACCUUGUUCACCUUGCCGGCAGAAAUGAGGCCCGCCAUGGAUCUGUCCUUUCCGGCCGCAUCCCACCCUGGCGAUGUUAUAAAGAAGUCCCAGACCGGCACUCUCUCAGGCGAUGCCAGUCUGGAUGGUAUCCGUUUUGCGCUGGCUCGAACGGGUCUAACGCUGGGUCCCAACUACGUGAAUGAAGACGGAACAUGGUCCACGGUGGCUCUGACCCUGGAUCGGUUUGGUGUUUUGGUCUCUGGUUUGGCAAGGCGAUCCAGUGGCAAUGUCGUCGGCGGGGAAACCAUUGCCAUUCUACCCGAGGGCUACCGCCCCUCCCGCCGAACCCUCAGUCAGGGCAUUGCACACACCAGCGGCCAUGCCCGCACCUACAUCAUCAAUACCGACGGUGUGUGUGUGUGUGUGUGUGUGUGUGUGUGUGUGUGUGUGUGUGUGUGUGUGUGUGUGUGUGUGUGUGUGUGUGUGUGUGUGUGUGUGUGUGUGUGUGUGUGUGUGUGUGUGUGUGUGUGUGUGUGUGUGUGCAGUAUUGUGGCCUCCUCUUCAGCAGCCAGCAGUAUCCACGCAGAAUUGGACGGCAUCUAUGUCUCACUUGAAAACCCCAUUGCCGCUGGAUCCAUGUCCCUUCCAACGUCCGCGGCCUGGACAGCUGCCGCGGAUGGUGGUGCCAGUCCACGCCUAUACGUGAUCCCGAUCACGGUGGGAGGCGUUUCUGUCUCGCGCAUUCGGUUGGAAGGUAGUCUGACGAUGGUUGAUGGAGCCUCGGCGGCAGAAGGGCCAGACGUGGCCUACAUUCCUUCGGGUUAUCGGCCUCCUCUUCAAGUCGCUUAUAUGGCAGCUGGUAACUCGGGCUCUGGUCCAGAUUACAAUCGCAUCGAUAUUUGGCUCGAGGGCCAUGUGCAUUUUAAUGGGGUCGCCACGGCCACGACGUCGGCUAGCUUGGACAGCAUGGAGUUUUCUGCAAGCAACGAUGGAUGGACCAACGUAUCAACUUAUGCCCAUGGAUUUGCCGCGUAUGGUAGUCACAACUGGGAGUACCCCAGCUACCUGGUGGCGGAUGAUGGCUGGAUUUACUUGCGCGGCUUGGCUCAAUGCUUGACAGGACUCAUCACAGCCGACAUGCUAAUCAUGACGCUGCCUUCCAAUGCUCGACCGACCAAGGUGAUGACGUUUGCCACCAUCUCACACGACAACAAAGUGGCAAUCCAGCUGGAGAUCCAGCCGUCGGGGGCUGUUUACAGCCGCAGCAACUCGUCUAAUGUGUAUGUGUCGCUGGAUGGAGCGUUUUUCCAAAACGGCGCCAAUGUCGAGUGGCACUCGCUCUUGGAUACGCUGCCUGCCAGCUUGCGCGAAGUGUUUGUGGUGGCUGACACAACCACGUACCACGAGCCAGCCUACGGGCUGCGUGGGGACACGGUGGUGCUGCGUGGUCGUGUGCGUCGGGCAACGACGGUGGACUCGGACAAGGCGGCCAUCCUGGGGUAUUUGCCAAGCAACAUGCGACCGGAAAGCACGAUGAGCUUUGCAGUAUCGUCCAUAUCGGGAGCGCGCAUGCACCAAAUCCUAGUGCUGACGACCGGGCAGGUAGUGUUGGAUACGGAGAAUGCAGACCCACUGAUCAGCUUGGAGGGGAUUGCGUUUCAGCGUUUGGUUGGGGAUGAAAUCUUUGGCAACUGGCGCAUGGGCGUUGUGAGCAACAACAACCUGGCCUUGCUGGCCACGAAUACGGCGGCCGGCGUGUUUACCGAGGAUCGCGUGCGGGUGGUGACAAUCAACAACGACGGCGCUGCUGGUAGCGAGUGGUCUCAUGUGACGCCCAUGACAAGUGGGGUGCGCCAGCUGGGCAACUGGCGAAUUGGGCCGCACGACGCAGACCACUUUGUGAUUUCGCACACUUCCACCAACAAUGGGACAGGAUCACCUGCCAUGCUGUGGCGAAGCGAUGGAAUUCUGUUUGUCAACCGCGCGGGCAAUUCAGACGGGCUUGUAACCCCACUGAAUGGGACCUCGAACUGCUAUCAAGCCGGAGACUGGGUGAUGGGCCCGCAUCCUGAUAACGGCAACAUCUUUGUGAUUAACCGCCUGGGAUCCCUGCGAGUUUCAAUGGCCAUUUACAGCAACGGUGCGGUGUAUACAGCCAGCUUGGAGUUGGUGAAUGCAAGCUAUCUGGCAUCCAUCAAGCACGACAUUGAUGCAGGGCCGACCUAUUUCGGAACGUACGACGGGACCUACGAUACCCUGGAGCUAGGCAGUUGGACGCUGGGAACGCGCAAUGCGUACAGCUUUAUCAUGAAUCCAAAGGGCGCCGUGCGCCCAGCGGCCGUUGUGACCAGCGAUUACCGCUUCAUUACGGGGGCCUAUGCCAAUGCCGCGGCCAGCGGAGAUUUGUGCCACACGGCGGCCAGUGCGUCGGUUCUGCGACUCGGGGACUUUUUCUUUGGUCCAAAGAGCGAUACAUACUUUGUGAUCAACCAAGUCGGCGCAUCGGUUCCGCAGCUUGUGAUUUCAUCGGGCGGCACGUUCUAUCUGAGUGGUGGAGAUUCCACCUCGCCAGCACCAGCGGAUUGGUCGUUGACGACAUCGGAUGCGGAUGUGAUUCGGAUCGGGGAUUGGUUGGUGGGACAGAAGAGAGCCAAUCACUUUGUCAUCAAUCGUAUUGGAGCAUCAUUGCCUCAGUUUCUGCUGCGCCAUGACGGUCACAUCUGGAUUGGCAGCAACGUGAUGCCACCGCCGACGACGUUGAUGUUGGUACCGGAGUACUGUGUCACAUCUGAUGAGCAGACGCUGGCAUCGCUGUCUCUGGACAGCGAAUGGCUGGUGGGUGUCAAGUCUGAGCGAUUUGUUGUGAGCUAUGCGCAUGCCACGUACCCAAACCUGGUGCUGUCGGACAGCGAGGUGUUAUGGAAUAGCUGGGUGGCAGAGGCGUUGCCGGCAUAUGGACUGGCCACCGCGGACAGCGGCGUGAUUGCGGUUGGCGAGUGGCUGGUGGGUGUCAAGGAUGGGGCGUUUGUGAUCAACACAAAGACGCAAGCCGAGUUUUGGCCUCAGUUUGUGGCGUUGCGUGAUAUGACACUGCGGUUUGCGGGGGCCUCGUCACAAGCGACGGCCUCGUAUAGUUUGGACGGCACAGCGACGAACAAGAUUGUCAUUGGUGACUGGCUCAUUGCCAGUGAUAGCGCAUCGACGCUGGUCAUUUUGCCGGCGGAUGCCAAGGCUCGGGGAAUUGGACCCACACUUAUGAUCCGGUCGGAUGGAGUCGUGUCUCGUGCAAGCACGUACUCGUGGGCCAACCAGCAGUUUGCCUGCAGCCUGGUACCUGAGUGUGAUGGGGAGGCGUACUACUCGUACGACAACGCGGGUGACCCUGGGCGAUGUGGGGCGGGUCUUUUUGCUGACGAGUUGAACAUGGAGGCGUGCUCGGCCUAUUCCACUUGUACGGCAGCCGUGACGUAUGAGGUGACGGCGCCUAGUUCAACCAACGAUCGGGAAUGUACGAGCUGCUCCGUGUGCCCGAGUGGCCACUAUGUGACAGAAGCAUGCACGGUGAUCGAGGACACGACGUGCAGUGGGUGCGACGCGUGUGAUCCAACCGGAGUCAUUCCGGAAACGCUUCAGACCAGUUGCACUUUAACGAGCAACACGGUGUGCCAGGCAUGCACUGUGUGCGGUACUGGCCAAUAUCGGUUUGCGGCCUGUACAGCCACGACACAGACGGAUUGCCGCGCAGUGAGUGCGUGCACUGACCAGCAGUAUGAGGUGGCAGCGCCGACGGCAACGACAGAUCGCCAAUGCCAAGACUUGCGUACAUGCAAUGCUGCCAGUGGUGAUGAGCCGACGAUUACCACCGAUGCAGAUGGCACGCUGUUUAUUACUUCGAGCAACCGUGUGGUGGUCAAUGGGGUGGAUGUGCUGGCCGUGUUAGCGACAUUGGUUGUUGAUUGGCAGCCGCAGCUCGUUGUGCAGCCGCUUGAGACACACGUUCUCUCCAUGGACGCCGAGGAUGCACGCUCGGUGUAUGCGGCAGACCUGGACAACGACGGCCGCGCUGACGUCCUCAGCGCCAGCGUGUCUGACAGCAAAGUGGCAUGGUAUCACAACAACGGCGAUGCGGAUCUGGAUAAUGAUGGUGAUCUUGACGUCUUGAGUGCCAGCUACUACGACGACGAGAUUGUGUGGCACCCGAACAAUGGGGACGGCACGUUUUCCACGCCAAUCGCCAUCACCUCGGCAGCCACCUCUGCGCGCUCCGUGUUUACGGCAGACCUGGACAACGACCGCGACCUCGACGUUCUGAGUGCCAGCAGCGGCGACGAUAAGAUUGCGUGGUAUUCCAACAACGGCGACGGCACCUUUUCCUCUCAAAAAGUUGUGACCACAAAUGCCAGUGGGGCUUUUUCGGUGUAUGCGGCGGAUCUGGACAACGACGGGCACCUCGACAUACUCAGCGCCAGCUACAAUGACGACAAGAUUGCCUGGUACCGCAACAAUGGCAAUGGCACCUUUUCCGCGCAAGUCGUCGUCACCACAGACGCCGAUCGUGCCUUCUCGGUCUAUGCGGCCGACCUCGACAACGACGGGGACCUGGACAUACUCAGUGCCAGCCAUGAUGACGACAAGAUUGCGUGGUACCGCAACCAAGGCAAAGGCGUCUUUUCCUCCCAGCUUGUCAUUACCACAGAGGCCGACGGCGCCUUUUCAGUGUAUGCGGUAGACCUGGAUAACGAUGGCCAUGUGGAUGUUCUCAGCGCCAGUGCCGUCGACGACAAGAUUGCGUGGUACCGCAACAACGGCGACGGCAUCUUCUCUUCCCAAGUCGUCAUUACCACAGAUGCCGACUAUGCGUACUCGGUGUAUGCGGCUGACCUGGACAACGACGGGAAUUUCGACGUCUUGAGCGCCAGCGCAUUGGACAACAAGAUUGCCUGGUACCGCAAUCAGCAAGCAAAGUCGCGUGAUCUCUUUUCUUUUAAGAAAAAAACUUACAUCAUGUCUCUCUCUCAAGCUCUCAAGCUCUCAAGCUCUCUCAAGCUCUCUCUCUCUCUCUCUCUCUGUCAAUUCAUUUCUCUCUCUCGCUUUCUCUCUCUCUCUCUCUUCUCUCUCUCUCUCUCUCUCUCUCAAGCUCUCUCUCUCUCAAGCUCUCAAGCUCUCUCUCUCAAGCUCUCUCUCUCUCUCAAGCUCUCAAGCUCUCAAGCUCUCAAGCUCUCUCUCUCUCUCUCUCUCUCUCUCUCUCUCUCUCUCUCUCUCUCUCUCUCUCUCUCUCUCUCUCUCUCUCUCUCUCUCUCUCUCUCUCUCUCUCUCUCUCUCUCAAGCUCUCUCUCUCAAGCUCUCUCUCAAGCUCUCUCUCUCUCAAGCUCUCUCUCAAGCUCUCUCUCAAGCUCUCUCUCAAGCUCUCUCUCUCCUACUUGA